AUGUCUCUACCCAAAAUAUCAAAAAUCUUUAUCAUAGGCGGAACCGGUGCUCAAGGCCUACCCGUCAUCAAAUCCCUCGUCGCCGACAAGAAAUACUCCGUUAGAGUCCUAACUCGCGACCCAAACUCCGCUAGAGCCAAAUCUCUUCUCGCUCUCGGCAAUGUCGAGCUUCACGAAGGAACCUUCGCCGACGAAGAAAUUCUUCGCUCCGGCUUCCAAGGUUGCGAUGGUGCGUUCGUGAACAUCGACGGUUUCAACACCGGCGAGAAGUCUGAAAUAUAUUGGGCAAUUCGAGCGUACGAAAUCGCAUUGCAAUCCGGGAUCAAGUUUUACGUCUAUGGCAAUUUGGAUUACGCAUCUAAGAAAAGUGGGUAUGAUCCGAAAUACCGUGCUGGGCAUUAUGAUGGGAAAGGCAGAAUUGGAGAGUGGAUUGUGUUUCAGAAUCAGGUGAAUAGAGAGAAGAUGGGAGCUGCGUUGUUUACGACUGGACCUUAUAUUGAUAUGGCAAUUGCAGCCAAGACGAUCAUGACGCCAACUGUUGAAAAUGGUGUUGUUACUUGGAGACUGCCUAUGGGCACUGGAAGUAUGCUUGCGGUGGCUCUUGAAGAUUGUGGGGUGUAUGUUCGCUGGCUUUUCGAUAAUCGAGAAAGAAGCAAUGGGAUGGACUUGGAAAUCGCAAUUGAGGAUGUGAAAUGGGCCCAUUUUGCCAAAGCUUUUGAGGAAGUGACUGGACAUCCAGCGAAGUAUAUCGAUACGAGUUUGGAAGACUACUGGAAGGAAAGAGAGACUUUCGGGCAGAUGCCAGCUGGGUAUAACGCUGUUCCAAACGACAAGAGUACUAUGAAUGUUAAGGAUAACUUCACUGGCUUUUGGAAUGUUUGGAAGUACAGUCUUCUUAAGCGAGACUACAACAUCCUUGACGAGAUCCACCCAACGAGAAUCAAGACUGCUGAGGAGUGGCUUCGUAUGGAGGAUAAGAAAGGGAUUGAGGAUGGAAAAGGUACACUCUGGGACAGAAUACAAGGUGAAAACCUUAUUCCUAUCUUGAAGAUUGGCGAGGACAAUUGGGGUGGAAAAUUGUGA